UUGAUUAGAUUGGAGGUUAUCUAAAUAAAAGAGGUCUGACUACCUAUGUGAUUACAAUUAUCUUUUAUUUAAACAUAACAUGGCGCUGCGUAAUGUAUUUUAAGAUAAAUUCAGGAAGUAUUGAUGAGAGGACAACUAAUAUUUAUCAGUGUUUUUCGAAAUAAAAAGAAGCCAUGGCGGAAUCGAGGUUGUCAGGAAUUCCGGGCUUAAAACCCCCAGAACCGCUACAUAAACUGACUGCGGAGGAAUAUAAAAAGUUUAAAAACAGAUUUGAAGUAUAUAGAAUUGCCGCGGGUGCGAAUAAUAUGGAGAGUGAAGUGCAAGUUGCACUUUUACUUCAUGUGAUGGGACCUCAAUGCCAGGAUAUUUUUCAAACCUUUGAGUUUCCUAAGGAUGAGGCAAAAAACUAUGUAGCGGUAGUGAAAAAGUUUGAUGAACAUUUUAUCCCACUAAAAAAUGAAAGUGUAUCAUCCCAUGUGUUUUUUACUAGAGACCAACGGAGAGGGGAGACAUUUGAUGAUUAUGUUACUGAGUUGAGAAAAUUAGCUAAGGAAUGUGAAUUUGGGACCCUUAAUGAUAGAAUGAUUAGAGACAGGAUAGUGACAGGAAUUGGGGAUAGCAGAUUACAAGAUCGUCUUUUGAGAGAAUCGGAUUUAACAUUGACAAAAGCUAUAAAUAUAUGUAAAGCAGCAGAGUUGGCAACAGAGAGAAUCAGAGAAAUAGAGGAAAAAGGUGAAAGAGUGGACAGGAUACAAAGAACUACUACAAGCAGAGAUACAAAGACUACAAAUACAGAAGAAAACAGUGGACCUAGCACAAGUACAGGACAAAAUAGGACAUUCUUCAAUAGACCAAAAAUUAUGUGUCAGAAUUGUGGCUAUAAUCACCAAAUAAGAAACUGCCCAGCAUAUGGAAAACAGUGUUUGAAGUGUAAGAAGAUGGGACAUUUUGCUAGAAUGUGCAAGUCAGGAUUCAGUCGUAAUAAUAUUCGUCUAGUGAACAGAGAAGAGUGGGAAGACAGGCUACAAAGAAGUUGUGAAGAAGAGGAGGAAACUGUUCUAAAUUCUGUAUUUAUAAAUCAUAUUUCAGGCAGCAAGGACUGGUCUCAACCAGUAAAAUUCAUUGAUGUGGAAAAAGAAAUUAAUUUUAAACUAGACACUGGGGCACAAUGCAAUGUAUUACCAAAACAUUUAUGCCAUAUUCUAGGUAUCAAUAGAUUUGAAAAAAGUAAAAUGAAACUCUCAACAUAUAGUGGAGAAUCAAUUAAAACAGCUGGACAAGUUACUUUACAAUGUCAAAUAGGGCAAACUACAAAGUUUAUAAAUUUUCAAAUAUGCGAGGGUAAUUUUGUUCCUAUUUUGGGGUUAAGUACUUUAGAAAAUUUUAAUUUGGUGCAAAGAGUAUAUGUAAGUGUAGUUAACACUGUUGAGAGUCUGACAACUCAAUACAAAGAAGUUUUUGAAGGAUUAGGAAAAAUUAAAAAUCAAAAAUAUAAAAUAACUUUGAAAGAUGACUGGAAAGGUAAAGUGGAACCAAGUAGACAUGUACCAUUCAAAUUGUUACAGAAACUGAAAAUUGAAUUGAGUAAUUUAGAAAAAUCGGGAGUAAUAAGUAAAAUUGAUAAACCCACAGAUUUUGUGAGCAGUUUAGUGAUUGUAAUGAAGCCGGAUGCCACUAUUAGAGUGUGUUUAGAUCCUCAGUAUCUUAAUUCGCAAAUAAAACGUGAACAGAUUCAAAUUCCUACUUUACAGGAGUUGACAUCUAGAUUGCAUGGUAGUAAAAUGUUUACCACACUUGAUGCAAGUAAAGCAUUCUUUAUGUUACCAUUAGAUGAUGAAUCUAAAGAACUGACCACAUUCAAUACACCUUUUGGCCGUUAUCAUUAUAAUAGAUUGCCGUUUGGUUUGUCGUCCAGUCCAGAAGUGUUUCAUAGAAUUUACUCAGAUGUUUUCAAAGACAUAAAGGGUGUAGAAACUUAUAUUGAUGACAUUCUUAUUCAUUCUGAAACUGAGCAGGAACAUAAAGAGAUUUUAGAGAAAGUUUUGCAGAGAGCACAAGAAGCAGGUAUAAAGUUUAACAAAAAUAAAUGCAAUUUCAUGAAGAGUGAGGUUAGGUUUCUAGGACACAUGUUAACAGAAAAAGGUAUAAAACUAGAUGAAAACAGAGUUAAAGCUAUAUUAGACAUGAAAGAACCUGAAACACAAAAGGAACUUCUAAGAUUUUUGGGUAUGAUAAAUUAUAUCUCAAGAUUUAUUCCAAAUUUCUCAGAAUUGUCAGCUCCUUUAAGAGAAUUAACUAAAAAAGAUAUUCCUUUUGUGUGGGCGAGUAGGCAAAAACAAGCUUAUGAUUUAAUAAAGAGAAAGAUUAGUGAACCUCCUGUAUUAGCAUAUUUCUGUUUAGAUAAAAAAAUCACACUUAGUGUUGAUGCAUCUAAAAAUGGUCUGGGUGCUGUUAUAUUGCAAAAUGGGCAGCCUGUUGCAUAUGGUUCUAGGGCUAUGACUGGCACGGAAAAGUUAUAUAGUCAAAUUGAGAAAGAAAGUCUAGCUAUAUUGUAUGGAUGUACUAAAUUUCAUCAGUACCUGUAUGGUCAUGUAUUCACAGUUGAAACUGAUCAUAAACCGCUGGUUUCAAUUUUUGCCAAACCAUUGAACAAGAGUCCAACUAGGUUGCAGAGAAUUAGACUUGCAUUACAACCUUAUACAUUUGAAAUAAAAUACAAGCCGGGCAAAGAGUUAUUAGUUGCAGAUCAUCUCAGUAGAUCUUACCUUGAUGAUGAUUCUAAGUCUUAUAACAUAGACAUUGAAGCUCAUGUAGCUAUGAUUAUAAAUGGGUACAACAUUACAGACCAGAAGUUACAAGAAUUAAUAGAAGAAACGUCUAAAGAUAGAGAAUUAAUUUCAGUAAUCAAAUAUGUGAGAGAAGGUUGGCCAGAAAAUAAAGACAGGGUCAGUAGUGAAGCAAAGAUUUUCUAUAAUUAUAGGGAUGAGCUAGGAGAAUGUCAGGGUUUGUUAAUGAAAGGAAAUCAAAUCGUUAUACCACAAAAGAAAAGGAAGGAAGUACUGGAAAAGGUUCAUUAUGCUCAUUUAGGGACAGAAAAGUGUAAACAAUUGGCCAGGAAAACCUUAUUUUGGCCUAACAUGUCUAAAGAAAUUGAGGAUUUAGUAACUAACUGUGAUGCAUGUAAAUCUUUUCAGAACCAAAAUAGGAAAGAGCCAAUGAUUGAAAAGGAGAUUCCAUAUAAAGCAUGGCAAAUUCUGUCAACUGAUAUAUUUUUUUUGUACCGAGUACCUCACAUUAUCACAGUAGAUGCAUACAGUAAGUUUGUUGAGAUCAAAAAGUUAGAUAACUUGUCAGCAGGUUGUGUUAUUGAUAAUCUGAAAGAAAUAUUUUCAGUACAUGGUAUUCCAAAUAUAUUGUAUUCAGAUUCAGGUACACAGUAUACUUGUCAGGAUUUCAAAAAUUUCAGUGCUGGUUGGAACUUUGAACAUAAGAUAGUUAGUCCAAAACAUCACCAAGGCAAUGGGUUAGCAGAGCGCUAUAUACAGACAGUUAAAAGGACAUUAAAGAAGCUAAUUUAUGACCAAAAAGAUAUCUAUUUAGGGCUGUUAAUUUACAGAAACACUCCCAUUUUGGGAAAUGGUAAAACCCCCACAGAGUUACUGUUUAACAGGAAUGUAAGAACUAUUAUUCCAAGUUUUACUUACAACAAUAGUAGUGCCACUAUAAAUGAAGAGAAAAUGUAUAGACAAGAGUUAGAAAAAAGGCAGAAAAAUCAAAAAAUAUAUUAUGAUCAGGGAUCUAGGAAAUUAUCAGAUUUGGAAAAGGGGGAUGUAGUGAAGAUACAGGAUGAGACAAAUAAAAAACCACUUUCUAGUGGAAUAAUAAUAGGAAAUGGAGUAGGACCUAGAUCGUAUCAGAUAAAGACAGAAAAUGGAAAUAUUAUUACAAGAAAUAGGAAAAUGAUCAUUAAAGGUGGGAAGUUCAAGGAAAGAGUGUUGGUAUAUGAUGAUUUAACGGACAGAAAUCAAAAAAUCGAGGAGGAUGUGUUAAAUAGGUCUGAAAGAGUAGAAGAUAAUUUGAAUUUAGAAGGCUCUCAAAUGGUGCAAGAAAAUAGAGAUUUAGUAGGGCAGACUAGGUCUGGUCGAUUGAUUAAGAAACCUAGUUAUCUAAACGAUUACUAUUUAAAUUAACAUUUACAUUUAUUAUUGUAAACUACUGGUCGAUUGAUUAAGAAACCUAGUUAUCUAAACGAUUACUAUUUAAAUUAAGUAAGUUGUUCUUU